AUGUUCAGAGUUCUCAAAGAGAUCUGUGAUGACAAAGAGAAGGUGAAAGAGCACGAGAUGGAGGUGAACAUCUCCGGCACGGUGACCUCCAAAGGUGCGCGAGAGGCCUUGAACGAGAACCUCCAGAACUUCGCGGACGAUGUGAGUGCGAGCAGUGCCCUGGUGGGCGCUGACGGGAAGCUCCCGAAGCUGCCCAAGAAGAAAAAAAUCCUCACUGAAGAGGAGCAGGUGGACAAGCAAGUGCUUGUUCAGUUCAAGAAGAUGCUUGCGGACGAUGGAAAGUUGACCAGUGGAAUCUCUGAUCUGAAGUCUGUCCCGUACAGCUCCGAACUGGCCAAAUCGAUGCUGAAGCACAAGGUCACUUUGAAGAAAUGCAUCGAGGACUUCGAUACCAGCACCAAAGUGGACGGCGUCACCAUCCAGAUCAAGAAGGCUGCUCUGGAGGAAGCGCAGAGCAACAUGAAGCCUAUCUAUGUCGACCUCAAGGAGACCCACCGACGAAUCAAAGCAGCAGGCCUGGUCUCAAUUGCCGGGGUGUUUCGUGCAGGUCCAGACAAUGAUCGAUGUGAUAAAGUCCCUGCACUUAUCUAUCGGCAGGGCCCGACACUGGAGCUCGAGGAUGUUCUUCUAGUGGACAAGAAGAGGCUCCGGUCCGUCUACUCCUACUCGGAGGAUGACUUCAAGCGAUUAUUCCUUGGCAAAGACGGUGAAUGUCUCCGCUACUGGAAAAACAUGCAGAACACGGAGUGGUUUCAGCAGCACCCGGUCCUAGCAAGCAUGUCCGACACCGAAUUGGAGAGAUGCAUCCCUCUUGAAUUUCAUGGGGAUGAUGCCGAUUCCCAUCGGCGGAGGACAUUUUUGAUUUGCAGCUUUCAAAGUGCAUUGACUUGCGGACCCACGCUGGACACGAUUUAUCCGGUGUACUGCAUUGACAAUCAGCAGGCAUCGAAGUGGACACAGUCGGAAUUGGACUUACACCUGGUGUGGUCCAUCCAACAACUCCAACAAGGCGAGCUCUUCAACCAUGACGCUCACGGACGGCCACACACACCACCGUAUCGCAACAUCAUGGGUGAAUACAAAGCCAUCUGGGUUGGCAUGAAAGGUGGGGACGUGAUCAAAGCCUCUUCAGAUGGAAACUCCACAAUGCUGUACACCUACACCGGCUGCAAUGCUCCACACCGAACCACGUUGCGCAAUUGCACAUGCAUCGGUGCAAUAGAUCGGGAGUUCCUGCUGAACAUCUCAAAUUCUCCCUGGCUACUCUGCCCGGGCAUGACUGCGAAGCGUGUCUGGCCGGACUACUUGCACGUGGUGGACCUGGCACUGGCGCCAGACGUGAUCAGCAGGAACGACUCAGCAACGCCUAUGCGGAGUUCGCUGCGGAAUGCAGAGCAGAGAAG